AUGUCGUCAGAGGAAGAGGAAAAAGCUUCAAUCAUCGAUGAACAGCCAUUAACUUCUAGAGAAUCGAAAGGAUGGUAUAUCCAUAAUGUGGCUUGUGGCACAUAUGACGUGGCCGCUAUAUCGGGUACGAUAAGCUUUAGCAAUCGUCGGUCUUAUCACGAUCUACUCUCUCAAGCAGGCUACGAGCUCGAUCAAAAAACCCCCUGCAAUACUACGGUCAAGGAUUAUCAAUGUGUCGUAAAAUUCGGUACCGGUUAUGUUGACACGUCCUCCUAUUCACUAUACGUGAUAGCAUUAUCCGUACUCUUUCAAGCAAUUGUGUUUAUCGGAUGUGCUUCGUUGGCUGAUUAUGGGAAUUCACGAAAAAAGUUCCUAUUAACAUUCUCUUACAUCGGUGCGAUCUCAACCAUGGCCUUUAUGCUAAUUUUCCCACCCGUUUCUAAAAACCUAUACUGGUUAGCUGGAGUGUUCACCGUCUUAUCAAAUUGUUGUUACGGUGCGGCAUAUGUUUUCUUUUUGGCAUAUAUCCCGACAUACGUACGUGCCCACCCCGACAUUCUAGAACUAAAGAGAGAAAAACGCGAAGAUUCCGAGGAAGAAAUAAGAAAGCUAGAAGAUGAACUGGCUACAAAUUUUGCAUCGAAUUCAAUGGCUUUGGCGUUCGUAGCUGGCGAGGUGGUGUUAUUUUGUGGCGUUGGAAUAUCGGUGGCGUUGAAUCAGACAACUUAUAGUUUACAGCUGGCACUUGGAUUCUCGGGUUUUUGGUGGCUGGUAUGGUUAACGUUUACGGCUUGGUGGCUAGUCAACCGACCAGGACCUCCUCUGCCUGCAAAUGAAAAUGUUAUUCUGUUCCCUUGGAAACGAACCUAUAAGACUCUUACUUCGACCCGCCACCUCUGGCAAACAAUAAAGUUCUUGGCUGCUUGGUUUUUACUCUCGGACGGCAUGAACACCCUCGUAACAGUUUGUGUCCUCUUUGGCAAAAAACGCCUUCACAUGACCGAUGUCGAACUCCUCCUGUUUGCCAUAAUUGUGCCUAUAUGUGCGGCAAUUGGCAUCUAUGCCUAUCUGUUUAUUCAAAAGAGAUUCAAUAUAACCAUUAAAACGCUGAUAAUAGUGUCAUCGUUCUGCUUUGCUAUAUUACCGUUAUAUGCUAUACUCGGGUUUUGGUUGCCGUUCGGAUUGGUUUCUAAAAUGGAGGUUUGGGGCCAUGAAAAUGAGUUUUUUUCUUUAUAUCAGAUCACUGCCAAGGGAUCAAGCUGUAUCGGACCUUUAAUAACGGCGAUAAUUACAAAUGACACCCAAGAUAUGAGAAAUUCGUAUUGGUUCUUACUUGUUGUGCUGAUGAUACCAAUAUUUAUAAUCUUUACCGUUGAUGUGGAUAAAGGAAGAAGCGAUUGUAAGACAUUUGUUAUAAUGGAGGAAGAAGAGAAUGCUAAGAACGUUUAUAAGAUUUAA